AUGGCCCCAUCCGGUAGAAAUAAAACGACGCAAAACAAUGACAGCGAUCCUUCGGAACAAAAUGGUACCCAAACGCAAGAUACCAAUCAAAACGUUCAAGAGACUGGCGUUCGAAAACUGGUUUCGCUUCGACGUCAUCACGAAAUGGAGAUCAAUACUUUGAUCGACAUGCUCGAAAACAACAUCUACGAGGAAGAAGAUGAUCUUGAACUCAUCAAUGAAACGUUCACUGAAUUGUCUCAAUUCCAACAAAAACUUGAUACCCUGAACGAUCAAAUGUUACAGGCUGGUUCUGAACACGAUUUUGAAGAACAUUCUCACUGGACAGUACAGUUGAAACAGAAAAUCCGAGUAUUUUCAAUGAAAGUGAAAAAAUAUUUGAAAAAACAAGUAUCAAAUCCUGCUACUUCUACAAUUCCAAAUAACAGCGCUCAAGAAAAUGCUACUUCAAUUUUCCCACAGGAAACCGCAACCUCCAUGCCGACUGCAAACAUAAUGGAUAUACCAAACAACAACCUUAUAACCAUGAGCAACAAUACUCAAGGCAAUGCAAGAACAGCUGCCGCUGACGACAACCUUUCGGCGCCAUUUCAAGGCGACCAAUCAUUUUCAAAUCCAUUUGCUAGUGAUGUUCCUAACCACAGCUCACAACAAGCUAGUGCUGCAAACCCUCCUAACAACAACAAUCGAGCUUUGGCAACUAAUUCAAGCGACACUUCUACUACAUUCAGUCGAUCAGUGCCAAAACUGAAGCCUACAAUUUUCAAUGGCAAUCCCAACUAUUGGUUGCACUGGUAUGGUGUAUUCGUAUCAUCGAUUCAUAAUUCUAAUAUGUCUCCAACUGAAAAGAUGAUCCAUCUUCAAUCAUUGGUAACUGGCCCAGCUAAACUAAUGAUAGCUGGUUAUGGUGCAAACGGCGACACAUACGAACUAGCACUACAACGUCUUCGUGAAAACUUUGGCAAUACCAAUAGAAUUGUCAACUCUUUUUUGCAACGUCUUGCAAAUUUCAAACCUCCAAAUCUGGCUCAACCAGAAUCAUACAUGCAGUUUUCUGCUUUUCUCCUAACUUUAGUGGACACUUUUGAGCAACUUGGUUUUGUUCACGAUAUUUGUUUUACAACAAACUUGAACACUGCUCUGGCAAAGCUUCCCGACCCUGUGAGAUUAGAAUGGAAUCGCUUCGUCAUCGACAAAGACUACGAUCAACCCUCCUUGAGACAUCUAGCACAAUGGUUUCAACGGUACGCACAGGCGUGUCGCGACAUGCCUCCGACAGGUUUCCGAAACCAAAACAAUAACAAUUUUAACAAUUCUUCUGGAAACGCUAAACACCCUAGUGGUUCCCGUUUUAAUGGUUUUACUACAAAUGGUGUAGGAAAUCAAAAUCAGCGCUUUAACCAUCAGGGAGAUCAACAAAACUCUCGUGCUCAGAAUAAUGUAAACUCGAAUGCUUGUCCUAGUGGAGACACCUGUGGACCUCUCUACAAAUGCGAGCACUUCAAAGCUUUAGACCCUAAGCAACGAAAAGAGCAUGCCCGAAAAAUGCACUUAUGCUUUAACUGUCUAGGGAAUCAUAGGUUUACUGACUGCAAUUCGAAAUCGCUCUGUCGAACCGAUAAUUGUGGUAAAAAACACCACACUCUACUCCACGAUCCUUCUGAUACUUAUGGAAAAAACCCUAGUAAAGCUGCAGUGAAUCGCGCAAUAGCUUGUCAGAGAUCAGGUCAAUCAGCUUUUGUACCAAUCGAAUUAUCAAAUGGUGAUAAAACACUUUGUACCUACGCUUUCUUAGAUAGUGGUAGCUGCGUAACUCUACUACUGGACUCAGUGGCAACUCAACUAGGCUUGGACGUCAACAAGAAGCACUCACUUCCCAUAUCUGGAUAUCAUGAGACCAAGUCAGUUCAAGUUACAUCUGUGGAUGUACAAAUUAGACCAUACAAAAGCACAUCGACUCCAAUGACGCUCGAUGAUGUACUCACGGUAGAUGAAAAUAAUUUGGCCCCAGUUGAUAUUUUUCAACUAAACGCAAUGUGCAACAAUUUUCCACAUUUAAAGCAUGUUAAAUACCCGGACUUAAACGACAAUAGCAUAUCGCUAGUCAUCGGAAACAACAAUCCAGAAUAUCAUGAGAUCAAAAAUACCGUUUAUGGCCCCAAGAAUGUUCCCUGGGCUAUCGAAACCCUUUUGGGAUGGACAUGCACAGGUCGGAACAAAACGCAAAAUAAUUCCGUUCCAUCUGUUCCGGUGAACUUCACACAAGUUCAUUCACACAAUAACUUAGAUGAAAAAUUAUACCAGAAAGUUCUCAACUGGAUGAAAAUAGAAAACACAGGCAUCGCUUCUUCAAAACGCUCGCACUCCAAAUCGGAUAAAAGAGCAAUCGAUAUUCUCGAAAACUCUUGUACUUUAGUAGAUGGUCACUAUCAAAUUGACCUUCUUUGGAAAGAGGAUACUGAUCUUCCAAAUAACCGUUGGCUAGCUGAAAAGCAACUCAACAGCCUCGAAUUUCGCCUUAAAAGUAAACCUGAUUUAAGGGAGAAAUACCGCGCAACAGUCAUCACUGACUUAGAAAAAGGCUUUGUCACCAAAAUAGAUGCAAAACAUGACACUGCAAUCAAAUCUUGGUAUUUGCCGCAUCAUCCAGUGACAAAUGUCAACAAACCAGACAAAGUUAGACGAGUCUCAAAUGCUUCCAGCAUUUUUCAGGGUAAAUCCCUCAACUCGAGUUUGCUCAAAGGGCCCGAUCUUUUGUGCAACUUAACAGGUCUCAUAAUUCGCUUUCGACAAAAUAAAAUAGCAAUAUCUGCUGACAUAGAUGCUAUGUUUAUGCAAGUGCUAGUCAGCCCAAAGGAUAGACCUUUUCUAAGAUACCUUUGGAAAGAAAAUGGUAAAUUAGAAACUCACGAAUAUACACGACACAUUUUCGGUGCCACAGACUCACCAUGCGUGGCUUGCUACGCAGUACGACGAUGUGCAUCAGACAGUAAAAACGACUUUCCUCUGGCUUCUGAAAUCAUUCAACGGAAUAUCUACAUGGAUGAUUUGUAUGUCACUUCGUCAACGGUAGAAGAAGCCCUCCAACAAAUGACACAACUACGAGGAUCUUUAUCUCGAGGUGGGUUCAACUUGAAUAAGUGGAACUCAAACAGUAAACCAUUCCUGGAUUCAAUUGAUCCAAAUAUUUUAGUCAGCCCUAAUGAUCCAACGCCUAAACAUCAACGAGUUCUCGGUGUUCACUGGAAUACCAACACUGACUGCUACUUCAUCGAUAACAAAAAGUUUGUAAAAUUCUACGUAUUGGCAUUGCUACGCAACGGAAACUCCUGA